CAGUCUGGCAGGAGGAAGUGAGUGUCAGUGCUUCAGCAGACACACACUGCACCUCACACACUCUCAGGAUCAACAGUUCCUCUGUGGAGACAUUCCUCUCUCUGCUCUCCGUCCUCCUCUCUACCUGCCCGACAGGUGAGACCUGCUCUCUGCUGCGCGCGCGGCUCCACGCGGCUCCCAGAGGGUUCAUGGUGAUCCAUGGAAGAGUGUCUGCGCAGAGCGUGCCCAUGUCUGGACACACUGUGGGAGAGGAUCUUUGGGGACGCAAAGCCUCAAGAAGGAGGAGGAGGAGGAGUGAGUCCUGAUCCCGGAGGAGGAAGGAGCCCGAAGGUGAAAUCGAUGCCCCCGGUCCCUCCCCCGGAGAGGUCCCCGGAGAGUGGGUCCAUCUACACGGCUCUGUGGGACUUUGACGCCCGGCACCAGGAGGAGCUGUCUUUCCAGGAGGGGGAUCUGUUCAGUGUGAUAAACCGGACUGGGGAUUGGUGGAGUGCACGGAAGAUCGAUAAGAACGGGUGCGUCCUGGACUCCGGGAUCGUGCCCCAGAACUACCUGACCAGAGCCGAGUCCCUGCAGAUGCAACCAUGGUACUUUGGGACCAUGAACCGCUUCGAAGCGCAGAGCAACCUGAUGGCACCAGGAAACGACGAGGGAGCGUUCCUCAUCCGGAACAGCGAGAAGGAAAACAUUGGAUAUGUCAUUUCAGUGAGGUCCAGUAAUCGAGUGAGGCACUUUAAGAUCUUCCAGACGGAGGAGUCUAACUUCCACGUGGAUCACAGCCAUAACUUCAGCUCCCUCAUCGACCUGGUGGAGCACUACAGCUCCAACGGCCUGAACAACUCAUGCAAACUGGAAACUCCCUGCAAGAGGAAACGGCCUCAGACUCGGGACUUGAACCACUUCACGGUGGACGACUGGGCGCUCCCUAAAGGCGAGUUCACUCUGGAAGAGGAGCUCGGCAGCGGGUACUUCUCCAACGUUUACAGAGGGCGCUGGAAAAACACCAUCCAGGUCGCCAUCAAGGUCCUGAAGAACGACUCGGAGGUGAACCACCGGGAGUUUCAUCAGGAAGUCCAGAUCCUGAAGGGUCUCCGCCACCGUCACCUCAUUUCUCUGUUUGCAGUGUGCAUGGCCUCGACGCCGUACUACAUCAUCACCGAGCUGAUGGAGAAAGGCAGCCUGCUCAACUUCCUGAGAGAUCCAGAGGGUCAGAGCCAAGACAUUGCCUCCCUCAUCGACAUGGGCGCCCAGGUGGCUGAUGGGAUGUCAUACCUGGAGGAGCAGAACAGCAUCCACAGAGAUCUGGCGGCUCGAAACGUCCUGGUGGGAGAGGGCAACAUCUGCAAGGUGGCCGACUUUGGACUGGCACGAGUGAUCAAGGAGCCGUUUUACAUCUCAGAAGAUAAAAAGAUUCCAUACAAGUGGAGCGCUCCUGAAGCCAUCAGCCACGGGAAGUUCUCCAUCAAGUCAGACGUCUGGUCCUUUGGAGUCCUGCUGUAUGAGAUUACUACGUAUGGAGGCAUUCCUUACCCAGCCUACAACAACACCGAAGUGUACGAGCAGGUGACCCGCGGCUACAGGAUGCCGGCUCCGCCCAAGUGUCCGGACUUUCUCCACAAGACCAUGCUGAAGUGUUGGAGCGAGAAACCCGACGACAGGCCGACCUUCAAGACCCUCAAGGAAAAGCUGGACAACGCCUACGAGCAGGAAUCACAAACAUGAGACUCCCUGCAGUAUGGACUGGUGACCACAGGGGGGCAGCAGAGAGCGAGAGACAGGACAGAGGACAAUCUCUGUUUGAACGGAGACAAAAACUGAUCGAACACCCAGAGAGACUUUCAGUGUGUUUCAAACGUCCACAUCAUCGUCUUUUAACAGAGACAUCUUUUUAUCUUUUAUUUCUUUCAACUUUAAACUUCUUAACAACGUUCAUUCAAGUCUAUGUGAUACUAGAGAGAAAUAUCCUGACACCAGAGACUGCAGCUCCUUCAUCAUCCUUCACAUCUUAUUUUACUUCUUUUUGAUUCAAAUUGCCUCAAAACUUUGAUAACAGGAAACUGAAAUGAAUGCUUAUUUGAAUAAAAACCACGACUGCAUAAAA